AUGGGGGUCCCCUACUACAUCAUCAAGGGAAAGGCCUGGCUGGGGCACCUGGUCCACAGGAAGACAUGUUCCACUGCUGCCUUCACAGAGGUUAACUCAGAAGACAAGGGUGCUCUGGCUACACUGGUGAAAGCUAUUAGGACCAAUUACAACGACAGAUAUGAUGAGAUCUGCCGCCAUUGGGGAGGCAGCGUCCUGGGUCCUAACUCUGUGGCUCGAAUUGCCAAGCUGGAAAAGGCAAAGGCCAAAGAACUUGCCACUAAACAGGGUUAA